AUGUCCAAGCUCUGGACUCACCCAAGUUCUCUGCGCUAUUCUGUGUUUGCUGCCAUGCCUGAGCUCAUGGGGAUGGAAAAGCCUCCAAGACACUUGCUUAUGGCUCACAGUAGUUUUUCAUUCAUGUUGACUGCUCUCCUGGUUGGAAUGGGUGGGGGAGGGACCAUGGAUCCAAGUCAGCCAGAGUGCUUGAAUGUGCCAAGCCUGGUCACUAUGUCUCCCAGGGCUGUAUUAUUUCUUACCAUAGGACCCACCCUGAUCAAACAAGGUGGUUUUCCUGCAGGGGUGAUGUACACUCUCCCAGUUCACCAUGUCUUGGAACCCUACAAUAUUCUCCCAUCAGAUCUGUCCAGCAUUCAAAAAUCUGUUACCUUGAUUGAAAAGACUGAACACAGCCUUGUUACUUAUUUGUAGAGGAAGUUCACUGCCCACUUGGGGCACAAAAGGAAAUCUGCCACCUCUACGUACUUAAUGUACGGAAGUUUGCGGAAACAUGAUUCUCCCUUCUGCAGAAGACUGUUUUUGGGCUUCUUUCUCUUUUUCAUCUGUGAAAUGGCUGGAGAUAUAGUCUAUGCUGACAUCAAAACUGUAAGGACUUCCCCUUUAGAACAUCCAUCUCCACUGCAGAGAUCUGAUUCUCACCAUCAUGGAAUUUUCAUGAAGGUUGGAUGUGCAAUCAUCAUCAUCCUCUUGGUAAUAGUAAUUGUACUGAGCAUUUUUGUUGUCCAGUUCAACUCUGCAAGACAUACCAAUGUGGAUAAUGACCAAAAAGAGAAACCCUGUACUGGGGAAAAUAAAUCUGGAACAAUCACCUCAACAGUUUCUUCUAACUCUUCCACUCUCCAUAAAGCUUGCCCCACCAAAGACUGGAAGCUGCUUGGGGGGAAUUGUUACUGGGUUGCCAAAACUAAGAAAUCCUGGAGUGAAAGUCAAAGUGACUGUGCCAGGAGAAAUUCACAUCUCAUAGUGAUCCAAGACUUUACUGAUAUGAGUUUCCUCUGGUUGUACCUAAAUUCUUCAGCCUUUUAUUGGAUUGGCUUGAAUAUUCCACCUGAAGGGGAGUCGUGGACCUGGGUGGACAACAGCUCUUUCAAGCGCAGCCAUCUGUUUUCAAUAAACACAAAUAAACUACAGACCCGAAGCAUGAAAUGUGCCCAGGUGUCUGGCAAUGAUAUUACUGCACAAAAUUGUAAGAAUUAUAAUCAGUGGAUCUGUGAACUCUGAUCCACUCUUCAGAAAGUCAGUCUUGAUUUCUGUGACUGAAAGACAAACACCACAUCAAGUUCGAACUCACAGGAGAGUCCAGAGGGUUGUAUGUGUCCUAGAGGGCUCUGUGCACAUGCGUGUGUGCACGUGCGUGUGUGCAUG